AUGCCACACAACCGUCAUUCUCUAGACGAAAAGGUCUAUCUUAGUGAAGCCAUCUGUACAUCCCUCAAGGCCGACCCAUCUCUGCGCAUCAUGCUUUACUGCGCAACUACCUCGACUCUAGGUCCUUACGCCUUCAACGUUGACAUAGCUUUCCCGAGUCAGAUCGAGGUCAAGAUCAACGGAGACGAAGUGCGCAAGAGCUUCAAGGGCUUGAAGAACAAGCCCGGUACCACCAAACCUGUCGACAUUACCGAUCUCAUCCGCAAGGCUUCCAACUAUCCGAACAUCAUCCACGUGACUUAUGCGCUCACGAAGGAAGUGCACCCGGACAUCGUUGCUACUUCUACCGUCAUGUCUCUCAAGGACCCCAUCUCAACCAUGCGCAUCAACAUCCCUUGCAGGUCCAAUGUUUGCUCGCACAACCAGUGCUUCGAUGGCUCAUACUUCUUGCAACUCCAGGAACAGGCGCCAACUUGGACUUGCCCUGUCUGCAACAAGACUCUCUCCUACCAGAGCUUGUGUGUCGACAAUUACGUACAGGACAUUCUGCAGAACACCUCCAGUUCUGUCGAUCAAGUCACGAUUGAGCCUGAUGGACAGUGGAAAGCAGUUGACCAUGGAGAUGAUACCAACAACCGUCAGAAGACUCAGGCACGGGCAGCUUAUGACAACGAUAGUGACGAUGACAUUAUCGAGAUCCAGGACACGCCCAAGAAGUCUGAAGCAGUAGAAAAGAUCAAGACCGAGGGCAAUUCGGCCACUCCAGCUCUUGCACAACAAACACCGCCUGUCUCACGCGAAGCAUCGACAGUCGCACCUCGACCUAGCGCCAAGCGCCCUUCCACAGCAGUCAUUGACUUGACCCUAUCGGACGAUGAGGAUGAACCCCCACGGCCAGCUAAACGCACCAACACGAGUCAGAACACUUCCUAUAACACUCCGGCGAGUCUUCAAGAUGGCAGGUUUGCUGACUUGGCCAACAGACCGUCUAACGUAGUAGGAUCUGGCUUACCACCAAUGAAUCCUGGCGACACUCUUGCACUACCUCCGAUCAAAGCACCCCAACCGAAUGGAGGAUUACCACAAGAUCAAAGAUUACCUUGGCCGUUUGGGGCACCAACCUGGUCCGGCCCCUAUAGAGAUUCACAAAGCUACAGCAACAGCCCAUCCAGGAGCUGA